UUUUACUCUUUUCCAAAAUUCCGAAACCGAAAAAUUGCUCUAAGCUCAUUUCCAUGGACAAGUACUUGGUACCUAUCAAUCCCUCACCUCAAAACCCUAAUCCCAUUCCAAGGCGCCGAUGGAAACGAACCGCGAUCGAAUUGAACGGCCGGUUCGAGCCGAAGUACCGCCACGAGAUCUCCGGUUUGCUCAUGCAAUCUUACUCCGAGAUUGGGGCAUUUCCGCAUUCGUAUCAUAUCGACGGCUUUCCGUGUCAAACGCAUAUGAAUCGGAUUGGUAAUGGAUCGAGUUUUGUCGGCCAAGUGCCAAUUGGAAGGCAAGGCAUCUCUGCAUUGGAGUUUGACAACAAGGGGAUAUAUUUGGUAUCAGUGACAAAAUCAGGGUGUUUAACAGUACAUGACUUUGAAGCUCUUUAUUGCCAGAGUAAUAAAUCAUUGCUAAGCUCAAAGGAAGAUGAAGCUAAACAUUUAAUGCACCUCUCUUUAAAUAAACAACUUGAUGUUGUCCGCUGGAAUUGUGCUAACCAGGAUGAGGUUGCUUGCACAUCCAUGAAACGUAAUGAAGUUCUUAUUUUUGACAUUGGUUAUGUCUCUUCUGAACCAGUGGAAGUAUUAAGAACCAGACAAGCUGUCACUGUUCAUGGAUCUGACAGUCAUAAAGGUCUAUCUGAUAUAGCUUUUACUUCAAUUGAUGAUUCAAGGUUACUUGCUUCUGAUACAUCUGGUGUUAUCAGUGUAUGGGACAGAAGAAUGAGUAUUCUUCCAUGUCUCGAACUCACAACUAAUUCCCAUAGCACUGUCAAUAGCAUUGAAUUAAAUGUGGAAAAUCAGGUCAUUUUUGGAGCUGGUAAGCAUGGAGUUAUUUAUAUGUGGGAUAUUAGAGGAGGAAGGGGAUCUGCUGCUUUUCAAAGUCACAAAGAGGUAUGUCAUCCACCACUAACAUCAUUGAAGCUAGCAUCAAUGCUAGAAAAAAUUGAGUCUCUGAAGGCACAGUCCCAUAUCGUUUCAAAGGAAAUACACUCUAUUGAUCUUGAUCCGUCUUUCCCAUAUCAACUGGCAUUCCAUCUUGAUGAUGGCUGGUCUGGUGUUUUGGAUAUAUACAACUUUAAAUUAUCACAUGUUCAUUGCCCUCCCCCAGCUUGGUUAAAUGAUUCCAACACUUCAUCUGAUUUGUUACAUCUGAGGAAACCAUCAUGGCUACCCACAUCUUCGAUUUAUGCAGUCGGGUCAUCAUCUGACAAAGGCAUUCAUCUAUUGGAUUUCUAUCCUGAUCCAACUUCUGCCAGCCAUGUAGAGCACAGUGAAAAUAUAGAGAGCUCUUCUGGGAUAAACCAUCAAAAAAAGCAAAACAGGUUUGUUCCUUUGUCUGAAGGUGUUACUGCAUGUGCUGCUCACCCCCUCAAUAGUACCAUCAUAGCUGGGACAAAGCACUCAUCUUUGCUCGUGAUUUCCCAGAAGCCACAAUCAUUUUAAGUUAGAUUAUUGUCUAGGCAGUUGUGCUGGACUGGAGACAUGUUCUAUAUCCUCUUAUUCAAUCAAGCAUGUGAAUACGUCCACGGCAAGAAACAUCAGCUGAAGCCAUUAACAUUGGAAUUCCAAAAUCUUACAGAAUAGAAUACAUACAAAAAGGGGAUUGAAUCCUGACUCUUGCGGAUCAAUCAAAUGGUCUUUCAAGGCAGUCCAUGAAUCUUUUGUAAAUUAAGCCCUUCAGCUCAAGUGCAUUGUAAGGUGUAGCAGGUCAUUAAUAUUUUGUUAAUUCAAUGGUCCUUGCUAGUGAUUGCCGUGUGCUGUUCAUCUGUAAUCUGGGUCUAUUUCUAUAUUUAAGGUUCUCUAAUGGUCCAAAAAUAGAAUUGUUUCCAUUUGGGGUUGAUUUUCAUUAA